AUGGCCAUUUGUCGACAUAAGGGUUAUCCAAAUUUAUUUAUCACAUUUACAUGCAACCCGAAGUGGCCAGAGAUUCAAAGAUACAUGAAAAAAUGCAACCUCAACGCUGAAGAUAGGCCAGACAUUGUAUGUAGGGUGUUUAAGAUGAAGCUGGACUGCUUAGUCAAAGAAAUACGGUCGGGCACACUCUUCGGUAGAGUUACUGCAGUCGUAUAUACCAUUGAAUUCCAGAAGCGCGGUUUACCACAUGCUCACAUUAUAGUCUUUCUGGAAAGAUUGUCAACACCAUUUACGGCAGAAUCAAUGGACAAAUUCAUUUCAGCUGAAAUUCCUGACAAAGAGGUAGACAUGGAAUACUACAAAGCUAUUGAAGAGUUUAUGAUUCAUGGACCGUGUGGAUUACAUAGACCAAAAUCUCCAUGCAUGGUAAAUAAUAAGUGUUCAAAGCACUUCCCAAAGAAAUUUGUUAAUGUAUCAAGUUGGGAUGAUGAUGGGUAUCCGAUAUACAAGCGAAGCGAAAGUUCUAGAAUUGUGGAGAAGAAUGGUGUGCAGCUGGAUAGUAGAUAUGUGGUACCGCAUAAUAGAUGUUUGCUUCUCAAGUAUAAGGCACACAUCAAUGUGGAGUGGUGCAAUCAGUCUAGGGCGAUCAAAUAUCUUUUUAAGUACGUGAACAAAGGCAACGACAGGGUCACUGCAGAAUUCUACAAAAGCACAAGUGAUGAGCAACAAAAUGACACUGUUGAUGAAAUAGCAAUGUAUUACGAUUGCAGGUACCCACCAGUUGAAAGACUAAGCUUCCAUCUACCUGAAUGCCAAUCUGUUGUUUUUGAGGAUGAUGAUCGUAUAGAUAAUGUCUUGAAUCGACCAACGGUCAAUCAAAGUAUGUUCACCGCUUGGUUCGAGGCUAACAAGAAAUUUGAUUUAGCGAAGCAGUUGCCAUACAUUGACAUGCCAACAAAGUUUGUUUGGAAGAAGGAUAUCAGAGAGUGGCAUCCCAAGCAGAGGGGGUUCUCAAUUGGAAGAAUUUUUUAUGUACCUCCAGGAAGUGGUGAAAUAUACUACUUGAGAUGUCUUCUAAAUGUACUUCGAGGGCCGACUAAUUGGGAGGACAUCAAGUCAUAUAAGGGUGUCAUAUACCCCACUUUUCGAGAUGCAUGUUACGCUAGAGGUUUGUUAGACGAUGAUAAAGAAUACAUUGACGCCAUUGUCGAAGCAAGCCAGUGGUCUACUGCGCAGUCUAUGAGGAAAUUGUUUGUCAUAUUACUUACUUCGAACUUGGUCAAUCGGCCAGAAAAUGUGUGGAAUGAAGUGUGGCAACAUCUUGCAGAAGAUGUACAAUUUAACAAGCGCAAAGUGUUGCAACAAGAAGAUUUGUGUAUGUCCGAUGACGAAAAGAAGAAUUUGGCCUUGAUUGAAAUAGAGCGUUUGUUACAAUCGUACAACAAGUCUUUGAAAGAUUACCCUCAUAUGCCACUUCCAAACUACGAUGAUGCUGUGCUGUGUGAUAAUCGUUUGUUGUGGGAUGAGCUUGAUUACGACCGUGAGGCAUUAUUAAAGGAGAGUCAAACAAUGGAGAGGCAAUUGACGGAAGAGCAAAAAGUUGUGUACGAAACUGUAGUAAACGACGUAGACCACCAAAAGGGGGGGUUGUACUUUGUCUACGGCUACGGUGGAACUGGGAAAACAUUUGUAUGGAGAGCGUUAUCUGCAAAAAUUUGGGCGAGAGGGGAUAUUGUCAUCAACAUAGCUUCUAGUGGAAUUGCAUCUCUACUGCUUCCUGGCGGGCGAACAGCACACUCGAGGUUUGCAAUACCAAUUGCAGUCACGGAGGAUUCGACAUGCAACAUCACCCAAGGUAGUAACUUGGCAGAACUCAUUAUAAAGUGCAAACUAAUAAUAUGGGAUGAAGCACCGAUGAUGCACAAGCAUUGCUUCGAGGCACUAGAUAGGACAUUGCGUGAUCUACUACGGUUCACUGAUACUAAUGCUGAAAACAGGACGUUUGGAGGCAAAACAGUAGUACUUGGUGGUGACUUUAGACAAAUUCUGCCAGUGAUCCCUAAAGGUACAAGGCAAGACAUUGUUUCAGCUUCAAUCAACUCUUCGUACCUUUGGGAUUCAUGUCAAACAUAUCUAAGCUGCGAUACUGUGUGUAAAUCUGAUGCUGGCAAUGGUAUCCUCGCUGAUAUGCACACUCCUGAGUUCCUCAAUGGCUUGAAAGCGUCCGGCAUACCUAACCAUUCUUUAACUUUAAAGGUUGGAUCUCCGGUUAUGUUGUUGAGAAACAUAGAUCACUCAAUGGGUCUAUGUAAUGGUACAAGACUUAUCAUCACCAGAUUAUCUGAUCAUGUUGUGGAGGCAAAGAUUGUUUCAGGGAAUAAUGCAGGUCAAAUUGUCUUGAUACCAAGGAUGUCAAUGACCCCAACUGAUACAAGAUUACCUUUCAAAUUUCAAAGAAGACAAUUCCCGUUGAUGCUAUCAUACGCAAUGACUAUCAACAAAAGUCAAGGGCAAACAUUGACACACGUUGGCUUACUAUUAAGGAAACCGGUCUUUGUUCAUGGUCAACUAUACGUGGCGGCUUCAAGGAUUAGCAACCCUAAAGGUCUACGACUGUUGAUAGCAAACGAAGGUACUAAGAGUAUUAAUUAUACUACAAAUGUUGUGUACCAUGAAGUUUUUAAUAAUUUGUAA